GGGUUGAAAGGGGAUGCUCUUCGGGGGUUAAGGCGCCGCAGAGGACCGUGCAUGAAUGGCACGAUGGUCGAUACCAUGGAUUGACACCGAAGCACCUCCAGGUUACAAAGUAAAUGAGCUCGCCACGACUAUAACCGUAAACGAUACAUAUGCACAAUGGCUGAGGAGGAGGUCUACAGAGCAAGCACUUACGCGCCCGUCAACAUCGCAGUAAUCAAGUAUUGGGGAAAGCGAGAUACCAAGCUCAACCUGCCCACCAAUUCGUCACUCUCCGUUACACUCUCGCAAGAUGAUCUUCGCACACAUACCACGGCGUCAUGCUCGGCACAGCUCAGCAAGGAUACGUUACUGCUCAAUGGAGAAGGCCAGGACAUCUCCAGUACGAGGACGCAAGCCUGUCUGCGCGAGCUCCGAUCUUUGCGACAACAACUGGAAGCGAAGCACGCCACUGCCCCAAAGCUGAGUCAAAUGAAGUUAAAGAUCGUUAGCGAGAACAACUUCCCGACUGCUGCAGGACUGGCGAGCAGCGCGGCAGGCUUUGCAGCUCUUGUACGUGCUGUUGCCGACCUCUACCAACUCCCUGCCUCACCAACAGAGUUGUCACGAAUAGCAAGACAAGGCUCAGGCUCUGCUUGCCGAAGUCUCUUUGGUGGCUAUGCAGGGUGGCAGAUGGGCGAGAAGGACGACGGCUCGGACAGCGUAGCGUACGAGGUCGCGCCUGCCUCGCAUUGGCCUGCGAUGCGAGCGAUCAUCCUCGUUGCAUCGGCGGAGAAGAAGGAUGUCAGCAGUACGGCGGGUAUGCAGCAGACCGUCGCCACCUCAGCACUAUUUCAGCAUAGAGCGAAUAAUGUCGUGCCCAAACGUAUGAAUAUGAUGGAAAAGGCUAUGAAAGAACGCGACUUUGAGACUUUCGCAACGUUGACGAUGAAGGACAGCAACAAUUUCCACGCUUGCUGUUUAGAUACUGAACCGCCGAUCUUCUAUAUGAACGAGACUUCACGAGCGGCUGUGAGGAUGUGCGAGGCCAUCAACAAGGAGGCCGGGCGGAGCAUCUGUGCUUACACGUUUGAUGCCGGACCGAAUGCUGUGGUGUACUAUCUGAAGGAUGACGAGAGCAGCGUGGUUGGUACGUUCAAAUCGAUGCUUGGUGAGAAAACAGGUUGGGAAGGUCCCAGAGGGCAAGCUAUCAAGGCGUUGCAGAAGACGCCUGAAGGUGUUGAGAUUAUCAGCGAGAUGUUGAAGAAGGGUGUCAGCCGCAUCAUCUUGACUGGUGUAGGAGACGGUCCAAGAUCGACGAAUGACCAUCUUUGCUGAGAGUGCGGUGAUUUUGACACACGGUCACACUCCGCACUCAUUCUCGAUCACACAUACCAUCCAAUAGUGCCGUUGUGAUGAACACCCACG